CAGCACUGAGGUUUGUUUGUUUACUUGUUUGUGUGUUUUUUGUGUGUUUGUUUGUUUGUUUGAUAAUGGGAUUUUGUAGCAGCACAGAGGUUUGUUUGUUCGUUUAUUUGUUUGUUUGUUUGUGUGUUUGAUAAUGGGAUUUUGUAGCAGCACUGAGGUUUGUUUGUUUGUUUGUGUGUGUGUUUCAUAAUGGGAUUUUGUAGCAGCACUGAGGUUUGUUUGUUUACUUGUUUGUGUGUUUGUGUGUUUGUUUGUUUGUUUGAUUGUUUGUGUGUUUGGUAAUAGGAUGUUGUGGCAGCACUGAGGUUUGUUUGUUUACUUGUUUGUGUGUUUGUUUGUUUGUUUGAUAAUGGGAUUUUGUAGCAGCACAUAGGUUUGUUUGUUUGUUUAUUUGUUUGUUUGUGUGUUUGAUAAUGGGAUUUUGUACCAGCACUGAGGUUUGUUUGUUUGUUUGUUUGUGUGUGUGUUUGAUUGUUUGUGUGUUUGAUAAUGGGAUGUUGUGGCAGCACUGAGAGCAAACGGGACUGGAACCCACUACAGGAGCGCAGCUGCACGGACAUCCCAUGGCUCAUCUUCUUCAGCCUCUUCUGCGUGGGGAUGGCUUGCAUUUGUGGCUUCACCAUCGUGACCGGAGCUACCACAAGGCUCGUCUACGGAUACGACAGCUAUGGUAACGUCUGCGGUCACAACAACACCAAGAUCCAGGGAGUGGAACUCAGUGGCCGGAACAUGCUCGACAACAAGUAUGUGUUCUUUCUGGACCCCUGCAACAUUGACUUCAUUAACAGGAAGAUGAAGAGCAUUUCCUUGUGUGUAGCAAAAUGUCCUGAUGCCGAACUGAAGACGCACAAUGAUUUAAAGCAGUUUGCUCUGAAUAAUGGAUCCGCGCUCUGCAGCUAUGAUGUUACUCCAUCAAGAUAUACCAGCCACUCGGAACGACUUACGAAAUGUCCCAAGCUCCCUGUUUCACGGAGUAAGUCCGUGUCGCUGUCCCAUCGUUGCGUCCCAGUGAACAUCAGCUGCUAUGCGGAGCUGGCCCUCUCCUUCUUCAACUUAGUCAGUGACAACAACGUGGUGCGGCGAGUGGUGGCGGGAGUGAUGGCCAGCAAGGACAUCAUUGUGGGACUCUGCGUGCUGUCCUUAGUUCUCUCCUUGCUGAUGAUGGUGGUCAUCCGCUACAUCUCCAAAGUGAUGGUGUGGAUCAUCACUAUCCUCACCGUCAUUGGCACCAUAGUGGGAACAGGCGUCCUCUGGUGGCUGUAUGCGGACCACAGGAAAGCGCUGAAAAACAACACCGCCUCGGUCUUUGGGAGAGAAGUGGCAAGUGACAACGUGAAGGCACUCCUGGUGUACGCCAUCUUUGCUACAGUUUUCACGGUGGUUCUCCUGCUCGUCAUGGUCAUCAUGAGGAAGCGUGUGGCGCUGACAAUUUCGCUGUUCCAUGUUGCCGGAAAAGUCUUCAUCCAUAUCCCUCUGCUGGUCCUGCAGCCUUUUUGGACCUUCCUCUGCCUCAUGCUCUUCUGGGUCUACUGGCUGGCUGUGCUCCUGCUCCUCGGCAUGUCAGGAAGUGCGGUGAAGAACAACUCCACCAACUUGGUGGAAUACCAGAUAAGCGGACCUGCUCAGUACUUGGUGUGGUAUCACGCUGUGGGGCUGAUUUGGAUCAGCGAGUUCAUCUUCGCCUUCCAGCAGAUGAGCAUCGCCGGUGCUGUGGUCACCUACUACUUCACAAGGGAUAAGUCCCGCUUGCCGGCCACUCCCAUCCUGUCCGCCAUGCUCCGAACCCUGCGCUACCACCUGGGCACUCUGGCCAAAGGCUCCUUCAUCAUCACGCUGGUCAAGAUCCCUCGUAUCAUCCUCAUGUACAUUCACAGCAAACUGAAAGGAAAAGAGAACGCGUGUGCUCGCUGCAUGAUCAAAUGCUGCGUGUGCUGCUUGUGGUGUCUGGAGAAGUGUCUGGCCUACUUGAACCAAAACGCCUACACGGCCACGGCCAUCAACAGCACCAACUUCUGCACCUCGGCACGCGACGCCUUCACCAUCCUGGUGGAGAAUGCUCUGCGAGUGGCGGCUCUCAACACCGUGGGCGACUUUGUUCUCUUUUUGGCCAAGGUGCUCGUCGUGGCCUGUUCGGCCUUCGCCGGCGUGCUGGCGCUCAACUACCAGAGGGAGUACACGGUGUGGGUGCUUCCUCUCCUCAUCAUCUGCCUCUUCGCCUACAUGGUGGCCCACUGCUUCCUCUCUGUCUUCGAAAACGUGGUGGACGUCCUCUUCCUGUGCUUCGCCGUGGACUCCAAGUACAACAAUGGCAGUCCUGGACGGGAAUACUUCAUGGACAAGUCUUUAAUGGAGUUUGUUGAGAACAGCAAGAAAAGUUCUCGCCACACGGCGGAGGAUGGCAGCGGGCGAGAGAUGAAGCCUAUGGCUCAGUGAAAGGGGCCGUUACAGACGGGGCUGCCUAGAGGGCGCUCACAGUCCAACAUGUUGUGUAAGCCCAGUCCAAGGAACACACCCAGCAAUGAGUUUGUUGUCAGCUAUAACCAUUUAGCUCACCUUGGCUAUCAUUGACGUAACACGACUGCUAAUUGUUGCUCACUUGUGAGAGAAAACCAUUCAUAUUAUUAUUGUGAGAGACAAUUUAUUUGUCCUAUUUUGCUUCAAUUUCAUUUGUAAUUUUAAGAAAUACUGACCUUUUUAUGUUAUAUAUCUUUUUUGAAACCACUAAUUGUAACAUAUGCUUGUUGCAAUUCAAAUUUGCAUGACGUAGAGCAGCGUUAAAGGGGAACUUUUUAUUUAUUUUGCCUGUCGUUCACAAUCAUUAUGAGAGACAAGAAGACAAAAUGUUUUGUCUCGGUGGCUAGCAAUGCAGCUAGCAAUGUUAGCAAUCAAUUCUACCUCUGAAUCACUUUAAAAAUGCAUUCAAUAACCGUCAACAAUACUUCAUUUAUGUUGUGUAACAUGUACAAUAACAAACUGUAGCAACGUUGUUAUUGUGAGAGCGAACAUGGGGCAACUCUUUUUGCUAGCCGUAAAAGCUAACUACGGAAAGAGAUAAGCUAUCUUCUAGCACAAUGAGAUAGGACACUAAUAUGUACUGAGUGAAAAACAUCAAUCUGUCAAGUAUUAUUUCAUCUUUUGUUUGUACACAGCUAGCCAGACAGUGUGUGUAGUAUAGUUGUAAUAACACACAUGAUGGACAGUCGUGCGUUUGGUCCAUGUUUUUUUCCCCGUGUUAUUUGGGUAAGCACUCCAUUUAUGUUGAAAUAGCUUUGUUUCAAUUUCCGCAAUUAAAGCGCCAAAGUGACUUUCACCUCACUCUCUGGGCUUCCGUCUGCUCCGACGUCUCACUCUUCCUUCACGCUGGCUUCUAGAAGCAGUAGUUCAUCCUCCGUAUAUUCAUCAUAUUACAGUAUCUGUCAAGUAUUAUUUCAUCUUUUGUUUGUACACAGCUAGCCAGACAGUGUGUGUAGUAUAGUUGUAAUAACACACAUGAUGUGUAUCAUGAUCAAUAUUAAAGUGACACACUCCAUGGGCAGUCGUGCGUUUGGUCCAUGUUUUUUUCCCCGUGUUAUUUGGGUAAGCACUCCAUUUAUGUUGAAAUGGCUUCGUUUAAAUUUCCGCAAUUAAAGCGCCAAAGUGACUUUCACCUCACUCUCUGGGCUUCCGUCUGCUCCGACGUCUCACUCUUCCUUCCCGCUGGCUUCUAGAAGCAGUAGUUCAUCCUCUGUAUAUUCAGCUUCAAAAAGAUAAGGUUGUGUAUCCAUGGACAGUUGUGCGUUUGGUCCAUGUUUUUUCCCGUUUUAUUUGGGUAAGCACUCCAUUUAUGUUGAAAUAGCUUCCUUUCAAAAGUGACUUUCACUUCACUCUUUCGGCUUCCAUCUGCUCCGACGUCUCACUCUUCGUUCGUGCUGGCUUCUAGAAGCAGUAGUUCAUCCUCCGUAUAUUCAUCAUAUUACAGUAUCUGUCAAGUAUUAUUUCAUCUUUUGUUUGUACACAGCUAGCCAGACAGUGUGUGUACUGUAGUUGUAAUAACACACAUGAUCCAUAUUAAAGUGACACACUCCAUGGACAGUCGUGCAUUUGGUCCAUGUUUUUUUCCCGUGUUAUUUGGGUAAGCACUCCAUUUACCGGUAUGUUGAAAUAGCUUUGUUUCAAUUUCCGCAAUUACAGCGCCAAAGUGACUUUCACCUGACUCUCUGGGCUUCCGUCUGCUCCGACGUCUCACUCUUCCUUCACGCUGGCUUCUAGAAGCAUUAGUUCAUCCUCUGUAUAUUCAGCUUCAAAAAGAUAAGGUUGUGUAUCCAUGGACAGUUGUGCGUUUGGUCCAUGUUUUUUCCCGUUUUAUUUGGGUAAGCACUCCAUUUAUGUUGAUAUAGCUUCGUUUCAAAAGUGACUUUCACUUCCCUAUUUCGGCUUCCGUCUGCUCCGAUGUCUCACUCUUCCUUCGUGCUGGCUUGUGGAAGCAGUACUUCAUCCUCCGUAUAUUCAGCUUCAAAAAGAUAAGGUUGUGUAUCCUCAUUUGUCCAAAAAUUGUAGUCUUCGUUGUCUGUUACCAAGUCUGCCAUGAUUGCAACACACUUGCAUUUUUUUUUGUUCAGAAGAAGUGGUAAGUGCACUGCUAUGGAAACAGUUAAUAUUGUCAUGAACAUGUCUGUUACUACAUAUAUUAUAUAUACUUGCAACAAAAGAGGUGUGUUCUUGGCUCAUAAUGAUUGUGAACAAUAGGCAACAUUAUAAAACAAAGUGCAUGACAUAGAGCAGCAUUAAGUGAUGUUAAAAAAGGCCCAAAAAGAGCGAAAAGCCUGGCAAAGUGUGUCGUUUUUGUUUGUCUGACACUCAUGUUUGGGGUUGUGUGUUACAUCAUUGUUUACACUCUAAAUAGAUAUUUGAUUCUAUUUGAAAGGGGACCUAUGUUGAUUUUUCCUCUUUGUGACUUGUUAAACAAUGUCAAAGUGUCCAUUUCUAAGGUUGGUGCUUUGAAAGGCCGCUGUUAUUGCAGUCUGCUCACAAGGAGGCGGAGCUUCUUAUUUUGGACAAACAGUAGAGCUCUCAGCCAGAGGGGGAGGAGCUCUUUAUCAGGCAGCUGAAACACAAGGAAAGGUAGGAUGAAGCAUGUUCAUCUCAUGGUGGCACUGUAACAUGCAAUGUUAACUAUCCAGACUUAAAUGUAACAUGCAAUGUUAACUAUCCAGACUUAAAUGUAACAUGCAAUGUUAACUAUCCAGACUUAAAUGUAACAUGCAGGUGUUAACUAUCCAGACUUAAAUGAUGAUACCUUGCCUCCUUUCAUUUGAGAAGGCCUCCACAAACAUAGACAGGAAGUAGUUGUGAAUGUGACACAUAAUGGAUACAUAUGAUCUUGAGCACAAGGACAUGUAGAUGGAAAUCACCAUAGGGCCCCUUCUAAUAUUAACCAGGAACGAAACAUGGUUGAACAUGUUUGCUUGUAUUUGGCAAUAACCCUUGUCUAGAGUUCUUUUUCUAUUUCAAAUAAAAGCCACAAGCGCCA